AAGUGUGUUCCUUGAUGCAGUAGCGACGCAGGAGGAGGGGGAGAAGCACGCAUCCGACUGAGGGAUCCCGCUCGUCCCAGCCGGUGUCACUGCCGUCUUUCCUUCUGGAGUGUGACUUUGUGCGAUAACCUCCUCCCAGUGCCAUCAUAACAUCCCCGCCGGGUCACCUUAACUCUCACACCCCGAAGAUGGUACCCGCAGUCAUGUCCCUGCCCGUGCUGACACUGGCAGCCCUCAUCACGCUGCGCGCCGUCUCCUCGCAAAACGAGCCAUCAAUCGCUGCUUCUGAGCACACUUCUCUUCCCGUGGAAGGCCACAGUCCUCCUUUUGCUCUUCAGUGCAACCUGACCAGCAGCGACAAUCCGCUCCUGGAUAGCUACUGGAUGAAAAAUGGGGAGGAGAUCCCAGAAACCCACAGUCCAAAUAGGAAUACCGAGUACAAGCUGAAAAAACCAAGAGGAGACGAUGCCGGUGUUUAUAUGUGCGUCUUCACCUUUGAGAUGUCUCCUGCCGCCAACACCACCAUUGAAGUUAAAGCUGCUCCUGAGAUUACAGGCCACAAACGUAGUGAGAAUAGGAACGAGGGCCAGCGUGCUUUGCUCUACUGUAAAUCGGUGGGCUACCCUCAUCCCUCCUGGACCUGGCGCAAACUUGACAACGGCAUUUAUAGGGAAAUUGACAACUCAUCCGGGCGCUUCUUCAUCAACAGCAAAGACAAUUACACCGAGCUCAGCAUUGACAGCCUGGACAUUAACCUGGACCCAGGGGAGUACCAGUGUAAUGCCACCAACUUGAUUGGCAGCAGCGAUGAGAGCUCCAUGCUUAGAGUCCGCAGCCAUUUGGCACCCUUGUGGCCUCUUUUGGGGGUUUUGGCCGAGAUCAUCAUCCUGGUCGUCAUCAUCGUUGUUUAUGAGAAGCGCAAGAAGCCUGAGGAUUUACAAGACGAUGAUGACCCAGUUGGACCAGUGAAAACCAAUUCAACGAACAAUCACAAAGAUAAGAACCUGCGCCAGAGGAAUACAAAUUAAGCUGCCCGUCUGCAGGGUUACAUUAUGCUUACACACGCAUUGACCAGGUGAAGGUAAACAACAAUGGAGUCCAAAGCAGUCGGUAUAUAAUGGAACUGCCAUUAAAAGUGUGGUUGUGAGAGAAUUAAAAUGAAGCAUGCCUUAUGAUUUGAUUGUGUGAGUGUGAAAUGCUCUAAUCAAUAUGUGAUUGUUAACCUAACCAUUGUUACUGCAUGACGUGUAUGCUCCCUCUAUCGUUUGCUACUUUUACACUUUAAGCACUGCUAAAACUAUGGCAUGCAAGAUACUGAUCCUCUAUUUGAGACAGCAUUGCUUUGUCUUCUCCUCUCAGAGUGGCUUCAUGUAGAAUAAUCAGGGGUGCCCAUUAGGUUGAUCGCCAGCCUCCAGUUGAUUAAAAAAAAUAGACCUUAAAAUGAUCAAUCGUCAAUAAGACGUCACUUUCGUCACUUGAGGGUCUUGUGAGAUGACGCUGGCUGCUGCCAGAUCGUUAUUAAGAAAAAAUGACCGACAGGAAGGCGAGAAAUACUUUUUAUUUCAGCACUCUCUCGCUGUACCUGCCGUGAAAACUCUUAAAGACCGGCUGCACAGUUCCUGUCUUCACAAUAAAAGCCCUGCUUCAUCCUGCCUGCGCUAACAAAAUAAGAGUCUUGUGCACAAGUGAGCAAACUACGGAGUUUGCCGCCAAUGCAUUUCUUGUAAAGUGUAUAAAAAGGAGUAUGGAAGCUGGACAAAUAAGAUGGCAAAAAGCAAGCACUUUCAUGUGGUAUUGGACAGAAAGGACUUUUUUCUCCUCCAUUUGAAAUGUGGACGUUAUCAUCACUACUGUCUGAUUCCAAUUAAUGCAAGUCCUCACAAUCAGGUAAUACACCAACUUAUAUUCUUGUCUUCAUGAAAGAAACAUGCUUGUAUUAUAAUUAAACACAUUUAACUUGUUAACAAAAACCUCUCUUUCAUAAAUAAAUCAAUAUAAAUGAUAUACAUGAAUGAGGUACAUCUCCUCCACUUGGUCAGUUGAGAAGUAGCUGGUGUGGGCACCUCUGAUGUAGAUAAUCUUUUUUGUAAGUUUUCAGGAAAUUAAACAUCUCUGCAGUGUAGAAAACGGCGCGAUGGUCAGAUAAGGCAGUUUUGUACGAUUUUAUUACUCUCCUACAUAUCAUGACUUAAGAAUCAUCAUUAUGAUAUUAAUAUUGCAUUUCAAGGGCUUUGCAAUGUCCCUCUAAACCUAAUAAGGUUCAAUUGAUGUACUGUAUGUAUUAAAUCAUGAUAGCUAUGUAUUGAUAUAAAUAGUAUAAUGCACUUAAAUGUUGACUAAUUGUAUAAAGUAUGAAAUAUGCUCCAAUCAUUGGAAGGUUGAGUUGUAAUUACACUAUGUAUGUACAGCAUGGCUCUUAUCCUAUGCAACUAAUAUCAAUAUAUUGACUAAGCAGCUUUUCAUUUUUCUGUGACAGCUUUAAGGAAUAUUAGAUGUUAUAUCACACAGCUGCAUGGUUUCUGUACAGUGGAGGUGGAAGGGACUUGAACAGCCUGUGACACAAAACUACCACCCAUUUUUACCAAUAAACAUUUCAAAACAUC